AAAUAAAACCCCCCUCCUACCCUUUUUUAUUCCAAGACAAGAGAUCUACCCAACCUCCACAAAAAUUCAGGGAAUUGUUUCGACCUUCGUCUCUCUCUCUCUCUCGUCACCUAAAAAAUCGAUGCUCUCACCUCCCCUUGUCUAAGUUCCCCUGAGAUCUCUCAUAAAUUUCGAGCCAAAAUCUCUAUUCGACCGUACACAUAUAUCCCUACAGAUAUAUAUAUAUAGAAGAGAGAGAGGGAAGAUUGUCGGCGGAUUGAAUGAUGUGGAGUUCAAUCGCGAACGUGAAAGAAAACCUCCACAAAAUCGCGCUCGACGUUCACGACGACGACGAUGACGAAGCGCUCGAGAUCUACAAUUCGCCGGAUCGAAACGGUCAUCUCUCCACCGAUCGCCGAUCCUCUCACAGUUUCGCGCAUUCCAGUCCGGCUUCGCAUUCUCCCCUGUCCAAUGGAUUCGGUUCCCCCUAUAAUUCUGAGAUUGAGCAGUACAAGGAAGAAAUCAAGAGGCUUCAGGAGUCUGAGUCAGAAAUCAAGGCGUUAUCAGUUAAUUAUGCAGCUUUAUUGAAGGAAAAAGAGGAUUGGAUUUUAAGAUUGAACGAGGAAAAUGGCUUGUUGAAACGGAAUCUGGAAUCAACAAAUGCUGCUUCAAAUUCACCUAGAAACGAGAGUUUCAAGACAUCAACAAAUAGCCCGAAUGGUGUCAAGGGGAGUACUGAUCAGUCACCCAAUCGGCAUCAGAAAGCCUCCGUAAAAAAUCGAUCUGUGGGCAGCCGAGCAAUCAAUGGUGUGGUCUCCAAACAGGAUGAACUAAGCAAUGGGAUUACACAAUCUAUGCAACCUGAUAUUACUCAAACUAAGAUAGAAUCAAAACGCUCUGACAUUCAGGGUAAUGAAAAGGAUCUUGCAGAUUUGUUAGAAGAGAAAAACAGGUCUCCGGCAGCAAUGCAAGCAGCUCACGAGUCGCAAAUAAAAAGCUUAGGGUUGGAACUUGAGAAAGAACAUGCCAAGUUAGCAAAUAUACAGCUACAGUUACGAGAGGAACAGAAGUUGAAUGGAUCCUUUCAGGAGGAGCUGAAUUUAAUGAAAGUAGAAAAGAGCAAAACCAACAGGGAGAUGAAUGAAAUUCGUGAUGAAUUGAAUCAGAAAAUAGCAGAAGUAAGACGACUACAGAUGGAAUUUAAUAAAAGGGAGACUGCAGAAGCAGAUGAUGAUAUUGCUGAAGGUUUGAAAAGAGUAAUUGCAUCCCUAGAGAAGGAAAACUACGAUCUUAAGAUGGAGAAGGUUGAGCUUCAAGCGGCAUUGAAAACAGCCAGCAACUCCUCAGUACAUAAGUCUUCUCAUGAUGCUCAAGAAAAUCCAAAUAAGGAGUCAAAUCAUUUGAAUGAGAAUGUCCAGUCGUUGGGAAGUUUUCCUGGAAAAGAAGAGAUGGAACAAACGAUGCGGAAACUAGAGAAAGAUUUGAACGAGGCGCGACAAAAGAGGGACAAGGCAUUACAUGAACUGAACCGUCUUAAGAAGCAUUUAUUAGAUAAGGAAUCUGAGGAAUCAGAAAAGAUGGAUGAAGACAAUAAAAUCAUUGAGGAACUACGAGAAAAGAAUGAGUAUCAGAAACAACAAAUGCUUCAUUUGCAGAAAGCUCUGAAGCAGGCAAUUGCAAGUCAAGACGAAGUUAAGAUGGCAAACAACAAUGAGCUUCAAAAGUACAGAGAAAUCAUUGAUGACCAAAAUAGAAAGAUGACAAGCUGUAUCAGUACGAUAGAUGCCAAAAAUGUCGAACUUCUAAAUCUUCAAACUGCGUUAGGCCAGUACUAUGCUGAAAUUGAAGCUAAGGAACAUUUGGAAGGAGAUCUGGCAAAUGCAAGAGAAGAAUCAGCUAAACUUGCUGAGCUUUUGAAGGGUGCACAUCAACAGGAAGAGAUGUCACGCAAGGAGAAGGAAGAUAUAUUGGAAAAGCUUUCACAAGCUGAAAGGAUGCUGGCAGAAGGAAGAAAUAGAGUAAAUAAACUUGAAGAUGACAAUGCGAAACUGCGUCGUGCUCUUGAGCAGAGCAUGUCAAGAAUUAAUAGGAUGUCAAUGGACUCUGAUUAUUUUGUUGACCGGCGAAUAGUGAUCAAGUUAUUGGUAACCUACUUCCAGAGAAACCACAGCAAAGAGGUUCUGGAUCUUAUGGUUCGCAUGUUGGGAUUUUCCGAUGAGGAUAAGCAAAGGAUAGGUGUUGCUCAGCAAGGUACCGGUAAAGGUGUUGUUCGUGGCGUUCUGGGUCUACCAGGCCGGCUCGUUGGUGGCAUAUUGGGUAGUGGUUCGGCUGAAGCUAAUGCAAAUAUGGCAUCUGAAAACCAGUCCUUCGCAGAUCUUUGGGUUGAUUUCCUCCUCAAAGAAACAGAAGAAAGAGAGAAGAGGGAAUCUGCAGGAGCCACCAAUGCUUCCGAUGGAAAUCAGCACAAUAGAAGUCCAAGUGAUACACUGGCCGCUUCACCGGUGCUUGAUCCGAGAACAAGUGCUGCUUCUGCUUUCUCAAGGUCAAGCCCAUCCCUGAACCACAACAGCCCCAUUUUGUCAGGUAGAAACAUAUUGCAGUCUGAACAAUCAGAAUCGGAGUUUUCAACAGUUCCUCUUAAUUCCUCAGAGCGCACGUCUCAGGUCUCAAGACUGCUUCCAAGAUACUGACACCGCGUUAGAUUUUGUAAUUAAUUUGAAGUUAUCACCUUUUUUUUUGGUUGUUGUUGUCAUAGUUGGUGCAAGAGGCGGGGGUCAUUUCUUUAUUCAUUUUACUACUAGGGGUGGGUUGCUUGUUAUUGUUGUUACAAUAGGAGGUCAUUUAUACAAAUGGUAUAAUUUUGCAGAUUCAUAACUGCCACCUGUGGAGGGAAAAUAAGAGUUGUUUUUGUACA